AGUUCUACUAUAUAACUGUUUUGUAAAGGCAAUAUAUGUUCAUCACAACCUCCCAAUAACUUGAAAAUAAUGGAGAGCCAAACCAACAAAUACUUAGCCCUGAUUCUUGUUACAUUCUUGAUCAGUCUAUACCACCAUCCUAUCUCCGCCACACCACAACAAGGCCAUGCCCAUUUCGUGCUGGUUCAUGGGGCCGGUCACGGCGCUUGGUGUUGGUAUAAACUCAUACCAAUAUUGAAAUCUCAAGGACACAACGUAACUGCAGUCGACUUAGCUGCAUCCGGGAUCGAUCUAAGUCGGGCUGAAACUCUCAUGUCGAUCAACGAGUAUAUUGAGCCACUGAUGGACCUAAUGAAUAGUCUAAACGUGGAUGAGAAGGUGAUUCUGGUGGCACAUGGUUUUGGUGGGCUUGCUAUUUCCAAGGCCAUGGAGUUAUUCCAUGAUAAGGUUCAUAUGGCUAUUUUCGUUACUGCCCUAAUGCCUGGCCCAACCUUCAAUUUCACGUUUCUUUCUAAAGGGUUGGUGAGGUGGCAAGCUCCAUUACUAGACAUGAAGUUUAUAUUUGGAGAUGGUCCUAAUAACCCCCCUACUCUUUCCAUUGGAGGUCCACUUUUCCUUUCUUUAAAUAUGUAUGACCUUAGUCCGAGAGAGGACGUUGAAUUGGCGGGUGCAUUGGUUCGGCCACUGCGCUUAUUCAGAAACGAAGAUAUAGACACAAGUCUUGUGCUCACGCCCGAGAGAUACGGAUCGGUAAAUCGGAUCUUUGUAGUGUCCGAGAAAGGCAAAACAUUGAUGAAAGAGUUCCAACUCUGGAUGAUCAAGAACAAUCUUCCUAAUCAUGUGGAGUAUAUCCAGGAUUCUGAUCAUAUGGUCAUGAUUUCCAGGCCGUUGGAUCUCGGUGACCGUCUUUUAUAUUUGGCUAAGAAGUUCGCUUGAAAAUAUUUGACAUUUGAUUCAACAUUUUGUUGCGAGUUCUUAUGGUUAUCACUUCUACUAUUCUUGUGUUGCAAAAGCCUUGUGUGAAUAUUUAUAUUUUGUAUGUGAUCAUCACUCUGUAUUUGGUUUGACUUUUUUUUGUGCACGUGGUUUGACUUUUCAA